GCAUCAAAACAGGUUUCCAUACAAAUUAAAUAACAAUUCUUUCUCAAUAUAAAUAAACAUAUGGUAAAAAAAUUUCAUCAUUCGCCUAGAAACCAUGAAAAAGUUAACAGUUUUCUUAUUUUUUCUCGUGUUGUUAGCUUUGUGCGAAAAUGCCAAGCUUCCUUCAACUUUCAAAAAAUGUGACGUAAGCAAACCCGACGUGGACAAAUGCCUAUCUGAAGCGAUUAAAAAUGGUAUGGAACAGUUAACAACACCCAUCAAGAACGUGGGUUUGCCCAACAUGGAACCAUUAGAAGUACCAGCGCUGGUCAUAGGGGCUGGAACCGGUCCUGUCCAGUUCCAACAAAACUACAAAAAUUUGAAAAUUUCGGGUUACACAAAAAUUAAUUCGCUUGAAGCCACUUUCAAGGAUAACCAUCUCAAAAUCGAUGCCGAAUUUCCCGAAAUUAAACUAGUUUUCGAGUAUGAGAUCAAUGGACGGAUUCUGGUACUGCCCAUCAGUGGGAAAGGACCAGGAUCGAUCACCAUGGUUAAGCCGAAAUUCGUCAUCGAUUUUCCUCUCCAAGAGUACGAAAAAAAUGGUACAAAGUACUACAAAAUAGGCAAACAAAGCUUGUCAAUUGAGCCACAAAAAAUGCACUUCGAAUUGGAAAAUUUGUUCAAUGGUGAUAAGAUUUUAGCAGAAAAUGUGCUCCAAAUCAUGAAUGAUAACUGGAAAGAAGUCUACGGAGACGUCCAAUCGAGCUACGAAGAGGCCUUCGGCAAGAUAUUUAAGUCCAUUUUUGAUAAUUUCUUAACCAAAGUGCCAAAAUCUGACUUGUUUGAUGGCGUUUAGAAAAAUAAUAAUAAAUAAAUAAAUACUUGUUUAUUUA